AUGGCCGCGAAGAACGUCCUUCGCAGAGCAGUGCUCUAUGUCCCUGGCUCGUCACAGCGCUUCCUCGACAAAUCCCGCUCCCUCACCGCCGAUUGCAUCGCCUACGACCUCGAAGACAGCGUGACGCCUGCAAAGAAGGCCGAGGCCCGGAUCCUCGUGCGCAAGGCCCUGGACCAGGACCUGCCCACGGGCGUAAAAGAGCGGGCGGUGCGGAUAAAUAGCGUGGGCAGCGGACUGGCGCUCGGCGACCUGGAGGAGGUGGUCAAGUCGCCGAACCUGACGACGCUGGUCGUGCCCAAGGUCGAGAGCGCCAGCGACUUGACCUUUAUCAGCGACGUGCUCGCGCACGCGCGCUCCCGGGAACACCUCCAGCAAAAAGGCCAGGUGGGCGUGCUGGCCCUGAUCGAGUCGGCAAAGUCGCUGCUCAACCUGACCGAGAUCUGCCGCGCCGCGCCGCACCUGCUGCAGGGCCUGGUGUUCGCGGCCGAGGACUUUGCGCUCGACAUGAGCAUCACGCGCUCCCCGUCGCUCACCGAGUUCCUCUACGCCCGCCAGCUCAUCGCCACCGCGUCGCGCGCGUACAACCUCCCGUCCACGCUGGACCUGGUCGCGACGGCCUUCCGAGGCGAGGCCGACCAGGAGACCCUCGUCCGCGAGUGCGAGGAGGGCAAGGGCAUGGGGUACAACGGGAAACAGUGCAUCCACCCGUCUCAGGUGGCCACGGUCCAGGAUAUCUUCUCCCCGAGCGACAAGGAGGUUGAGUGGGCCGUCAGGAUUAUCAUCGCGCAGAAGAGGGCCGAGGAGAUGGGCAAAGGUGCGUGGAGUCUGGACGGCAAAAUGAUCGACAAGCCCGUCGAGGGUAAGGCCGAGCGUAUCGUCGAGAAGGCUGUCCUGUGUGGGAUGGACGUCCAGGGAUUGAAGGAGAAGUGGAAGGAUCAAAAGCCCGAGUGA